AUGGUACACAACAAGAUAAAUAUCGAUCACUUAGAAACAGUUGAUUCUAUUACAAUAAAAAAAACAAAUAUUCAAUCUAGAGUAUUAUGUACCCAUUAUCGAAGCAAAAAAUCUAUUUGGGUUAUAUGUCUUAUUAUUUUUGCUAUUUUGAUUCUAUCAGGAGUAGCUAUUGCCAAAACAAUCUUUACAAAAAGAACGCUGAAUUCGCAGAAAAAAACCUCUUCUACAAUGACAACAACAACAACGACAACAACAACAACAACAACCACAACAGGAAGAGUUAAUACUAAUACCAAAUGGAAACAAAAUGGAAUUACCCUCGUGGGAGACCGUGGCAAAGGUAACGAAUUAGAUCAACUUGACAAUCCUAAAGGGAUCUAUAUUGAUGAUGAUGGAUCGGUAUAUAUUGCUGAUGAAAACAAUCAUCGUAUUGUUAGAUGGAUUCCAGAUGCAAAGAAUGGCGAGGUUGUUGCAGGUGGAAACCCUUAUGGAAAUAGAAUAGAUCAGUUACGCUUGCCGAUAGAGGUGGUUAUUGAUAAAAAGAAUAACUCACUCAUUAUUUGUGAUGCAGGUAAUAAUCGAGUGGUAGAAUGGUCUCUUACAUAUCCACAAAACCCGCAAAUACUGGUCUCAAAUAUCUUCUGUGAUGGUUUAGCUAUAGAUAAUAAUGGAGAACUUUAUAUUAGUGAAUGGAGAAAUAAUAAAAUAAUACGAUUUCAACAAGGAGCAAAACAGGGAGUAGUUGUAAUUGGUAAAAAUGGAGAAGGAGAUUAUUUGAAUCAACUCUCGUCUCCUGGUAAUCUCGUAGUAGAUCAAGAUUAUUCAAUUUAUGUAUCGGAUAGAAAGAACCAUCGUGUGAUGAAAUGGUUAAAAGGUGCAAAACAAGGAAUUGUAGUUGCUGGUGGGCAUGGUAUGGGUAAUAGUUUCAAUCAAUUAGUUUAUCCCAAAGGAUUGAUUGUCGAUCAUUUGGGUAAUGUUUAUGUGGUUGACCCUUCCAAUUAUCGAGUGAUGCGUUGGCUAAAUGGAUCUCAAGUGGGUAGUAUUAUUGUUGAACUUCUUAGUUGUGUAGAAAACUCAGAUGGUAUGUGUCUUCUCGACGAUAUAUCAUUAGAUCGACAAGGAAAUCUAUACAUCGUCAACACUUUCAAUCAUACAGUGAAAAAGUUUUAUAUUGAUGAUUGA